AUGCCAUCAAGUGGCUGUAACAAUCGACGGAAUGUCCUCACGGAUGAUCCGCCAAAUAUCGAACCCAAUCUCGCCGAUCUGGUUCAGCAGGAAUACACCCCAUCCAGCCUCGCAUUUUCUCGCAACCAUUGCGCCAUUCCAAGCCCAGACCAAGUCGACGAGCGCGUUCAUCGCAUCAGAAUAGAUGGUGCGGUUGCCAAACCUCUUGAGCUUAGUCUGGAUCAUUUGAGAAAGUUCCCAAAGGUAGAAGUCGUUGCUGCCUUGCAAUGCGCCGGCAAUCGAAGAGCAGCGCUCGAAGAAUCAGCGGGUAAGCCUGUCGAAGGUAUCAAAUGGGGAGAUGGCACGGCAUUCAAUGCCAAGUGGUCCGGAGCAUUACUCAGGGAUGUCCUCCAAAAUGUUCAAUUCAAUGAUCCGCAAAUCGAGAAAGACUCGUGGCAUGUUUGUUUUGCGAGUCAUGUCAUGGAAUGUGAGGAGGAUACAUGGUAUGGGUCGUCUAUCCCGCUUCACAAAGCCUUGGAUUCAAAGGGUGACGUGUUACUUGCCUACGAGAUGAACGGCUCACAGCUCACGAUUGAGCAUGGAUACCCGGUCCGUGUGAUUGUACCGGGAUAUGCUGGUGCUCGGUCAGUGAAAUGGCUGGAUCGAAUCUCAAUCGCCAACGCCGAGUCACCCAACUUUUAUCAGCAACAUGACUACAAGGUGCUGCCUCCAGAUGUGGAAGAUAAAGCGGAUGUCGAUUGGUCCAAAAUACCGGCUCUGCAGGCCAUGCCUAUCAAUUCCGUUAUCUGUACUCCUUCUUCUGGUGAGGCGGUUCUUCAGGAUGGAAGAACGACUUUUCGUGGGUACGCACUGGGAGGCGAAGGCGGCGCUGUCAGACGUGUGCAGCUAAGCAGUGACGACGGACAAACCUGGAAGGAGGCCAGGAUUACCUAUCAAGAAGGUCGCUGGAGCUGGACGUUGUGGGAAUGCGAACUUGAUGGACUGACGCCGGCAUCCAAGAUCGUUUGCAAGGCCAUGGAUGAAAACGGGCAUGAGCAACCGCCCAUGUCACAAUGGAAUUUACGUGGGGUUGCCAUGAAUGGUUUUGACAAUGUUGAGAACCUCUCGGAGAAGCAGCAUUAA